AUGGAGAAACAAGCGGAAAAACAAUUAGAGAAACAAUUAGAAUCAUUUAUAUUACAUUUAAAGAGAAAAACAGUUGUUGGAUCAUAUCAAGUAUCAAGAGCCUCUGCAGAAUUACUUAGACAAUGGGUACAUAAAGGUAAAUGGGGAAAUGCAAAAUCAUUGAUUGAUCAAAUCAAAAUAAUUGGUAAAAAGUUAAUGAAUGCACAACCAUUAGAAUUUUGUAUUGGUAACAUAGUUAGAAGAGUAUUAUUUAUAAUUAGAGAAGAAUAUUUAACAUUUUUUAGAAAUAAAAAGAAUGGUUUAAAUAAUGAUGAUUAUGAUGAUGAUGAUUUUGAAACUACUACCAGUAAUAACAACAACAACAAUAAUAAUAAUAAUAUUAAUAGUAGUAGUAAUAUCAAUAAAAAUAAUAAAUAUAGUAAUGUUAUGUUACAAGACGAUCCAAUUGAUGAUCAAGAAGAUAUCGAUUUCACUGAAACAUUCCCAAGAUUAAAAGCUGCAAUCAUGGAUAGUAUCAAUGAAUUAAUUGAUGAAUUAGAAGGUCUUCAUAGAAAUGUUGCUGAACAAGCAAUUGAACAUAUUCAUUCAAAUGAAACCAUCAUGACUUUAGGUUGUUCAAGAACCGUUGAAGAAUUCUUAAAAGAAGCUGCUAGAAAAAGAAGUUUUAAAGUUAUUGUUGUUGAAACUGCUCCAUCACUUGAAGGUCAAAAAACAGCAAUUUCAUUAUCAAAAGCAUCAAUCGAUACAACAUUAAUUACAGAUUCAGCAGUAUUUGCAAUGAUGUCACGUGUUAAUAAAGUUAUUAUUGGUACACAUGCAGUAAUGGCCAAUGGUGGUUUAAUUGCUACCUCUGGUACACAUACAUUGGCUGUAGCUGCUAAAUAUCACUCUGUACCAAUAGUGGUUUGUACUGGUCUUUAUAAACUCUGUCCAUUAUAUGCAUAUGAUCAAGAUACAUUCAAUAAUUUUGGUUCACCAGGUGAAUAUUUAAAAUUUGAAGAAGCAGAAUUUUUAGAAAAUGUUCACAGUUAUAAUCCAACCUUUGAUUAUGUUGCACCAGAUCUCGUUAGUUUAUUCAUAACAAAUAUAGGUGGUCAUAAUCCAUCCUAUAUCUAUCGUUUACUUCAAGAAUAUUAUGAUGCUAGAGAUAUUUUAGAAGAUGAAUAA